GUCAAGGUCAGUGAAGACAAGUCUUGUCCGAAGCUGAGGUUCGUCAAUUGUGUUCUGGAGAAGCUUUCCUCGAAGCUUAGGUCGGGAACGUACGAGCCACUUGGGAAACUCCACUUUCCCGCUCAGGGGAGACUUGGGUCUUUGUUGUAUUUGUCUUCUCCACUCUACAGUCCAUUUUACUUAGCCUAGUGGAGAACCUCGAGAGAGAGCCUUAGCUUCCUCUUCCUCUCUAUCGGCUUCUAUAUAUUUCGCUCUCUGCUCGAUUUUUCCCCUUCUUUGUUUUGGGAGUCAUGCCGAGUGCUUGGAUUGUAGAUGGCCGAGGAAUCGCAACAAAGGUGAAGAAUGCGUCAGUCUCUUCAGCUCUGCAGAUCAAAGACUGUGGAGCUUCUAUCAAAUGCCCCAACUGCUCUUACCGCAUUGACAACAGCAAUGUGAGUGUUAGCGCACUUCCCCUCUCCAUGUCCUUGUCUGAAACAGACUACGUACUCAUUAGUUGUUGGUUUCAGGUGCUGGUUCCAUGGCCUGGCCUUCCUAAGGGUGUCAAGUUUGAGCCAACAGAUGAGGACAUCAUCGAGUUUUUGGAAGCUAAAUGUGGGAUUGGUGGGUCAGAACCGCACGUGCUUAUCGAAGAGUUUAUUCGGGAAGUCACUGAAGAUGUUGGAAUCAAUUACACUCACCCGGAAAACCUUCCUGGUGCAAACAAAGAUGGAGUAAGCGUCUUCUUCUUUCACAAGACGGUGCAGGCAUAUGGAACAGGACAAAGGAAACGCAGGAAGAUCACACCGACCUGCCUGAACGAGGAACCGGUUCGCUGGCACAAGACGGGGAGAACAAAAGCUGUGUUGGUCGAUGGAGUGCAGAGGGGUUGCAAGAAGAUUAUGGUGCUGUACAAGAGCGCUCGAAAGGGAUCAAAGCCCGAGAAGUCGAACUGGGUUUUGCACCAAUACCACCUGGGUACGGAAGGAAAGGAGGUUGGAGACUACGUUGUUUCAAAGAUCACAUACCAGCAGCAGAAACUAGGGGACGAAGGUGAGAGUUCCGGGGUUAGAGGUGGCCCAAGAACGCCCAAGACGAACACUCCUCCACCACCUAGACCUCUACAUGAUGCUGUUGCUGGAGAUGAAGAUGCUUUUGAUGAUACCAAGAUGUUUGAUCUGUUUGCUGAGGGACUGGACAGCAUUCCAGAAGCUGCUUUGGGGAAGGCGUGGUCCAAAAAGGAAGAGGAUUAUGUAGUAAACCUCAGUGAGGAUAACUUAACAUGCAACGAAAGCAUUGAAGCCUCGUCUCUUUGGGAGAACCAGCUUCUCCCUAAUCCCAGCCUCGGAACUUUCGGGGAGAUAGAUGGUUUUGCGCUUUCUGAUCUGGAUAAUGCUGAUUUGGGCACUCCCCCUGAUUUCCUCACUUUGGCUUCUCAGGAGAGUCUGUUGAAUUGGAUUGGAUGGCUGUGAUUGGAUUCCUGCUGCUAAAAAUGCAGAACCUCUACAAAUGGCGCGCCGAAGAAGAAGAAGAAGGCAAAAGCAGGAAUGUGUAUAAAUAAGAAAGCUUCAAAGUCUGCCAAGCUCAAGUCAUAUCUCUGUGAUAAUUUUACUUCAGCAAAUCCCCAGGCGAUCAGUUUUCUCUCGGAUUCCCGGAAAGUUACUGGGAAUAAUCAUUUGAACCUUCAAAUCAUUGUAAUUCAAAGAGACAUUUUGACAUAUCUGUACUAGCCUUGUUAUGUUGCUGUUAUUCUGUUUUGUUUGUCUGAACGGUUUAUAAAUAUGUUUCGGUAUUUACCAUUUUCACCAUAUAUUCUCAAAAC